AUGCGCCACGGACUGGAUGCGAACAACCUCACGCAAAACGUUCCAGACAUCAGCGAGACAAUAACGGCGGCCAAAAGUCUAGUCAGACACGAUGAGGUGUCCCUCUACAUCACUCAAAAGCAUGCAAUGGCAGAUGACAGAGACUUACUGGGCUGGUGGAAGAUCAACUCCAAUGUGUACCCUAAACAAUCCAAACUGGCAAAAUCGGUGCUCUGCAUCCCUGCGAGCAGCAGCAGCAGUGAGCGGGUUUUCAGCGCAGCGGGCCGCACCAUCAGUGAACGCAGGACAGCUUUUAAACCCUCUACGGUGGAUGCUAUACUUUUUCUUCAUGACGCGAUGUAG